AUGGCCUCGAAUGCAACAGUUAAGUGUCCGUCGCCCAUGAAGGCAGCCUCCAACGGCGUUUUCCAAGGAGACAAUCCUCUGCACUUUGCACUCCCAUUGCUGAUAGUGCAGAUAUGCCUGGUACUCGUCUUGACACGUGGCCUUGCUUAUCUUUUACGGCCACUCAGGCAACCGCGCGUGAUUGCUGAGAUAAUCGGAGGAAUUUUAUUGGGCCCGUCGGCCUUGGGUCGCAACAAGAAGUACCUGCAGGACAUAUUCCCUGCCCGGAGCCUGACUGUCCUGGACACUCUUGCCAACUUGGGCCUUCUCUUCUUCCUCUUCUUUGUGGGCCUCGAGCUAGACCCGAAGGCCCUCCGCCAGACGGGCCGGAAAGUCCUGAGCAUCGCCCUUGCUGGGAUUACCCUCCCAUUCGCCCUCGGGAUCGGGACCUCGUUCGUCCUUCGGGCUACCGUCUCGGAGGGCGUGAGCCAAGGCCCAUUCCUUGUCUUCAUGGGUGUUGCCCUCUCCAUCACUGCCUUCCCUGUCCUGGCCCGCAUCCUGGCCGAGCUCCGGCUCCUGACCACCGAUGUCGGCCGCCUUGCCAUGUCAGCAGCCGCCGUUAACGACGUUGCUGCCUGGAUUUUGCUUGCUCUGGCCAUAGCCCUGUCGGGCACUGAUCGAUCCCCGUUCGUCUCAGUUUGGGUGUUUUUGUCCGGGAUGGGUUUUGUGGUUGCGUGCGUGUUUGUGGCCCCGCCCGUUUUUAAGUGGAUGGCGAGGCGGUGCCCGCAGGGUGAGCCGGUGGAUGAGAUAUACAUAUGUGCCACCCUGGCGGCCGUGCUGGCGGCGGGCUUUGUGACGGACGCUAUCGGUAUUCAUGCACUUUUUGGGGCGUUUGUGCUUGGUGUGCUCAUCCCAAAGGAGGGCCCUUUUGCUGGGGCACUGGUGGAGAAGGUCGAGGAUCUAGUCUCGGGUUUGUUCCUGCCGUUGUACUUUGUGUCGAGCGGGCUGAAGACGAAUGUAGCCACGAUUCAAGGGGCACAGUCAUGGGGCCUGCUUGUACUGGUUAUACUCACGGCGUGUUUUGGGAAGAUUUUGGGCACACUUGUGGUUUGCCUUUUCUGCAAGAUUCCAUUCCGGGAGUCUCUCACACUAGGCUUCCUUAUGAACACGAAGGGGCUCGUGGAGCUUAUCGUCCUCAACAUCGGAAGAGACCGAGGGGUUUUGAAUGAUCAGACCUUUGCCAUCAUGGUACUGAUGGCUCUAUUCACGACGUUUAUGACUACGCCAAUUGUCAUGACCAUAUACAAGCCUGCCCGGAUGGCCCGAGCGGACUACAAGCACCGCACAAUACAGCGGAAAGAGAAGGACACUCAGCUCCGGCUCCUGACCUGCUUCCACAGCACACGCAACAUCCCGAGCCUCAUCAACCUCAUUGAGGCCUCGCGUGGGACCCAGAGGAAGGACAGCCUCCUCGUUUACGCAAUGCACCUGACCGAGCUUUCCGAGCGGCCGUCGGCUAUCCUUAUGGUUCACAAGGCCCGGAAGAACGGGAUGCCAUUCUGGGCACGGGCCCACGACCCUGACCCAAACCAGAUGGUGGUGGCCUUCGAGGCCUUCCAGCACCUGGGCCGCGUCAAGGUCCGGCCCACGACUGCCAUCUCUUCCAUGCCCACCAUGCACGAGGACAUCUGCAGCAGCGCUGCCAAGAAGCGGGCCGCCAUGAUCGUUCUCCCCUUCCACAAGCACCAAAGGCCUGACGGGCAGCUGGAGGCGGGCCGGCCCGAGCUGCGGCACGUCAACCGGCGGGUCCUCGAGCACGCUCCGUGCUCGGUUGGGAUCCUGAUCGACCGUGGACUCGGGGGGACCUCCCACGUGUCGGCCAGCAAUGUCGACUAUGCAGUCACAGUAUUCUUCUUUGGCGGGCCCGACGACCGGGAGGCCCUCUCGUAUGGGGCCAUCAUGGCCGAGCACCCAGGGAUAAGCUUGAGAGUCGUCCGCUUCGUGGCUGUCCCGGGCCCCGAGGGGGAUGAAGUUCGGGUGGAUCUGAGUGUGGAUAGGGAGGACAUUUUUAACGAUGACGAAAUGUUUCUGGCGGAGUUCAAGAGGAAGGUGAGGAAGGAUGGAUCGAUCGGGCUCGAGGAGCGGGCGGUCGGUGAUAUGGCGGGGGUGGUGGAGGUGAUGCGGGCCUACGGGAGGAGUAAUUUGAUUCUUGUGGGGAGGACUCCGGGGAGUGAGGUGGUUGUGGGUUUGGGGGACGGUGGGGAAUGCCGGGAGCUGGGGCCCUUGGGGAACACGUUGGUGUUGCCGGAGUUUGGGGCAUCGGUGUUGGUGGUGCAGCAGUUCAGGCGGGAGGGCUCGUUGGGUUGGCCGAAAGGUGGUGCUUUUGAAGAGGAGAGCUCUGAUUCUCAGUGA